AUGGCCCAAUCAGAUAUGGACAAAGACAUCGAACAACGCAAAGAUGCUGCGGCGAUGAUAGCCACAGCGUCAAUUGAUGAUAUCAAUGCUGAAGCACGUGUUGCUGCCGACAAAGAGCAUUCGCAUACCUUUUUCGAAGCAGUGAAGCUAUAUCCUUCUGCAGUGGGAUGGUCGCUUUACUUCUCGCUGGGAGUGAUCAUGUGCGCUUUCGAUCCGCAGCUCCUUGGACAAUUAUAUGCGACGCCAGCAUUCCAGAAAGAUUUCGGAUACUUUUACAAGGAUAGCUAUAUUGUCUCAGCUCCAUGGCAAACAGGCCUAUCCAUGGGCAGCCCGAUUGGUCAAGUAGUCGGUGCAUUCUUUUGCGCCUAUCCCAUGGAGCAUUUUGGUCGCAAAAAGACUUUUGGGGCCUGCGUCAUCCUCACCACUGGAUUUAUUUUCAUCCAAUUCUUCGCCAGAUCACUUCCUGUUCUCCUUGCUGGGGAACUUCUCGGAGGUCUUGUACUUGGAUGCUAUGCAGUCAUCGCACCAGCUUAUGCCUCUGAGGUUUGCCCGUUGGCUCUUCGAGGAGUUCUCACUAGCUGUGUCAACAUCGCAUUCGUCACUGGCCAGUUACUGGCGAACGGAGUGAUUGCGGGGACUCACGUACUGACAAGUCACUGGGCAUACAGCUUACCAUUCGCUGUGCAAUGGGUUUGGCCACUGGUGAUUCUGAUCGGUUUGCCAUUCGCCCCAGAGAGUCCAUGGUGGCUUCAAAGACAAGGCCGAUAUGAAGAUGCCGAGAAAUCACUAAGACGACUCGCAUCUUCCAAGGUCGAUAUUAAGCCCACGCUCGCGAUGAUUAUCGAGACUGAUCGUGUGGAAAGAGAGAUGGAGGCUGGAUCAACUUAUGCAGACUGCUUCAAGCCAAUCAAUCGGAGGCGAACAGAAGUCGCGAUCGGUGUUUACACCAUCCAGGUCCUGAGCGGAAUUUACCUGGUCGGCUACGCAACAUAUUUCUUUCAACUUGCAGGACUUCCUACUGACCAAGCGUUCAAUAUGGGUGUUGGAUUUCUUGCCAUUGGAUUUGUUGGAACUUGUUUCUCCUGGGUCCUUUUGAUUCAUUUUGGUCGCCGACGAAUUUACAAUGUUGGUCUGGCGACCUUGGCAGUACUCCAACUGAUCAUCGGUAUUCUCGACUGUGCACCUAAUUAUGACAACAGACCUGCUAUCACGUGGGCUCAGAGCGUGCUGAUGCUUAUCUGGAAUUUUGUAUACGACUGGUCGAUUGGCCCAGUGUGCUUUGUACUGAUCAGCGAAGUGUCCGCCACUCGCGUUCGAUCGAAGACCAUAGCAUUGGCGACUGCAGUCCAAGCAACGGCAGGCAUCGUCAUGACGGUCGCAAUUCCCUACAUGAUCAAUCCAGAUCAAGCGAACUUGCGUGUCUGGUCAUGGUUCAGAGUCCCAGAAUUGAAAGGGAGAACGUACAAGGAGGUGGAUCUGAUGUUUGAGCGUGGGGUGAAAACGCGCGAUUUCAAGAAAUAUAAUAUCACCCAGCCAGCACAAUAA